GAAUAACAACACAGCAACAGGAAACCAUGUCGAAGGCUUUGCUUUCUGUGGUGUCAAUUGCCAACAGCGACUCACCAACCAAGGAGGAUGACAUAUUAUCGCUGUUAACUGCCGAAGCCGUGGGGUCAUCGCAGCUGGCGUCGUUGAUCACAGCGGUCACAAAACAACCAACACUGCCUGUGAAGAAGAUUCUGCUGAGAUACGUUUCCUACGUUGAGGAUGAGCUAGAGCCAAAGGCAAGACAGCAAGUGUAUGAGCAACUUGUGGACUUGUUCACGCCUCCAACGGCGCUUGUCAGCGCGGCGCUGACGGAAGUUGUGCUAAAUUUGAGCUCCUUGUACGAGUCAUGGCAGAUGUUUGGACAGGCUGUUGACCUCUUACACUUGUUACAGGCCGAUGUGCUGGCGCAGGAUUUCGACGACGAAGAGUCGUUCACCAUAUUCCGCGUUCAGCUGAAUACCAGGAUAGCAAAGGACUGUUUACAGAUUGAUGAUUAUGAGAAUGCGGAAGCCCAUCUGACGAGGAUUUCACAGUCGUUAUCGUCUUUACCAGAAUCCGCUUCAGAGCUACGUUCAGAGGCCCAUAAGACCGCAGUGCGUGUUAUGAUUCAUGUUGGGAAAUGGCUAGAAGCUGCUUCUCGUCUGCUAUCGUUGAACGAUGAAACGCGUGAUGGACCAUUAGUUACGUACGCACUGCUAGCCCCCUCGAGUCCCUUCACCAGAAACUUGUUCAAGGAGAUCAGGAAAAGCAGCCACAUUCUGUCGAAUGUCAUGAAUACCCCGUUGGCCUCAAUGUUUGAAAAGAUGUCCAAUGAGAGGCUGAUAUAUGCCGAGGAGUACACUCAGGUGCUGGGUUACAUCGUUGAACAUAACGACCAAACGCUCUCUGAUUCGUAUUGGCAGAGGGAGUUGGCUCGUGCAGUAGUUGAAAAUAACUUGGUUUCAGCUAGUAAGAUCUAUGCUAACUUACGUCUGAGCACGUUCUCUGAAAUGGUUGGGUUGGAACAGAGUUCUGUCGAAUCAAUCAUCACAGAAAUGAUCCGUGACAAUCGCAUGAAGGCAAGCGUCGAUGAUAUUAACCAUACAAUUUAUUUUGGCCACGAUAAUGCUUUACAGCAAUGGCAGGAUCAUAUCAUGACCUCCUGUGCGAUGUUGGAGAAAAUAGUUGAUGACAUUACAUUUGCCAGCUAAUUACGGAAGUACACGAUUUCAAUAUUUAAAGGCGUAUUGAGUCUUUAUCAUUAGGUUGUAGUGCCUGUUUUUCUGUCUGACACUCGCAUACAUACAUUAUAUAGCACUCCCUUACAGAAGCGCAAUGCUCAGUUUGUGCUGAUAAGUGAUAGUUGUAACAAAGACUUAGCAGCACCGUAUGAUCCUGGAGUAGAGGAGCAUAGCUUUUUAGUCGGAGAUGACAUGAUCAAAUCCCCGUUAUCAUCACGAGAACGCUUUACGGGCGUCACUGUUUGUCUGUUGGUGUUAUGAUUGAAUGUAUCUUUAACUGGUAGGGCUGAUUGUGAAUAAGAUGGUGCUUCAACAACAGGGCUUAAGGUCUCGUACAUUGAGCGUGAUUUGGUAAAUGCAACUCGUUUCUUCUUCUGUGAUAGUGGUGUAGAUGCAGCCAAAAGAGAGAUAUGGCGGGUCAACGAAGGGGUAACGUGCUUU